CGCUGACAGCCAUAUUUGAUUCGAUUAUGCUGUUCUGGCUGCGACAACCAGUUUAGCCAGUUCUUGACGAAAAAAUUUUAAAAAAAAACUGUCUUUUCUGUACCGCGACGCGAGUUUAAGGCUGAUCUACGACGAUACCCAGCUGCUUCUACAAUACCAACAGUAUACAACCCACAGUCAACGAUGAAUCCCGAAUAUGAUUAUUUAUUCAAACUGCUCCUGAUUGGUGAUUCUGGUGUCGGAAAGUCUUGUCUCCUCCUCCGGUUCGCAGAUGACACGUACACAGAGAGCUAUAUCAGCACCAUCGGUGUGGACUUCAAGAUCAGGACCAUCGAGCUGGACGGAAAGACCAUAAAACUUCAGAUUUGGGACACUGCAGGUCAAGAACGUUUCCGCACUAUCACAUCCAGUUACUACAGAGGAGCUCAUGGCAUUAUAGUAGUUUACGAUGUGACGGAUCAGGAGUCCUUCAAUAAUGUCAAACAGUGGCUACAGGAGAUCGACCGCUACGCUAGCGAGAACGUCAACAAGCUGUUAGUUGGCAACAAGUGUGACCUCACAACAAAGAAAGUUGUGGACUACACCACGGCUAAGGAGUUUGCCGAUAACUUGGGGAUCCCUUUCUUGGAGACCAGCGCCAAGAGCGCCACCAACGUGGAGCAAGCCUUCAUGACCAUGGCGGCCGAGAUCAAGAAGAGGAUGGGCCCCGGAGCCACGGCCGGCGCCUCAGAGAAGUCUAACGUCAAGAUCCAGAGCAAGCCAGUGAACACCUCAUCUGGAGGCUGCUGCUGAGGAACACGAGGCCACGACCUGAAUCCACCAGAGCCCACGACCAGACUCAACGUUACCAUGCUCCACAGGGAAAGACAGACAGGUAGAGGGACAGGGAGGGACAGAUGAGGACUUUGAGUGGACCGGUUUGUAAGUGUGUGUGCAGCUACAACACCAGAUUCCCACCCCACCCCUUUCAAAGUCAGCAAUAGGACUCAACGGUAAGCCCAUCUAUACCAUCAGAACACACCGGGCCGAUUUCUUUUUCUUUUCUUUUUUUCUUCUUCCAACACAUACUGGAAAAACAAGUCUGAACACAUGUACCAUUUUUUAACAACAUGUUAAUCAUUGAAAGGAAACGCACCUCUGUUUUUGUUUUGUUUGCCCUUUGAUAAACCAGUCACUUUUGUAAAAAUAAAAAUAAGCUGUCUUUGAGUAACAGCUCAACCUCAGCCCCAGUCUCCUCACAUAUAUACACUAAUUAGGAAGAACUUCAAAUGAAGCACAUGCUUAAAGUAAACCAGCGUCAUGCACUUUCGACCUGAUCACAUGCUCUCAGUGCAUCACGAAGCAAGCGGCAAGCGAAAACUAUCGAAGAAACCAAAACCAUCGGCGUCACCCUGAAAAACCACGUGUCUUGCCUUUGUGGCCAGAGUUUGACAUGACAUUCUGCCUUCAGUGUCUUGUAUUGCCGUUCUUAAAUCUCAACUCUGUAUGAUAACAGAUAACAUUCCUGUAUGUAUUUGGCUGUGUGUACUCUGCUGGUACCCAUGAUCCAAUAAGCAUGUGCUACAUUGGGAGAUGUGACAUCAGCCAUGUGUUUUUCUCUGCUAACCAACAGCACAACAACCAGAGAAAUAAACCCACCGUCCUGCUCCAGAUUAAUCUAUAAACUGUAUAUAUUUAUACAUAAAUGUAAGAAGUGAUUUGCAGAUUGUGUAGAGAAGCAAGUGAGGUGAAUGACAUGAUAAAAUAGCAGGAAUCAGUAAUCUCGACACGUGAUUUGUGGCUGCCGACAUGACAUUUUUGUGGCACAAUGUCUACUAUUAAAACAAUGAAGGAGAUCUUUGAUAACUGUUGGUCCUGAUGGUGUGGGUUUUUCUUCCUCAGCUCUUUUUUUUUCAGUCCAACCUUUGUUUCAGCCAUAAGCUGUAAGGAAUGAUGAUCUUUGACCUACAUUUCUCAGGCUGCUUGUAUGUAUUCACUCAAGUUCAGGCUACGGUUGGAUAUCAUUUCAGUUCUGCUCAUCGAUUCCAGCUCAUAUCAAUGGCUUCUUUUGAUUCCAAACUGCUCAAAAAAGGUUUGGUUAGCAGUAAUCUUUUUUUUCUCUUACAAGUGUGAAGCAUAUGAACUGUACUAGUGUUUACUAAAUGCAUUCAAUAAAAAAACCUCUGAUCCACA